AAUAUCUUUCUUUCUACUUGGAGACAACGACGUUUGUUCCAAGACAAUAUUCCGAUUAAUACAUAGGACAAAUGUCGGGGCCAAUCGUUCCGCCAAUGAUUCGCCCGACGCAGCUGUCCAAGCAGCAGGUGUUCUACUGGACAUGCAUAGACAAUGCCAAUCUUAGUACCAGCGAAAGGUGACGAUACAGAGACGAAGAGGACGUGACUUAUGAAAGGCGCGGUAGUCACCGGUCUUGGACCUGCAACGGCCUACCUUAACCCGGACACACUUAAUCCUGCAACGCCGCCGGGGAUAGGCAAUGCACAUUUUGCGGUGGUUUCGUCGUACGAGCGUAUUCUCGAAUCUGAUUUUUGUUGACACGAUCAUGCACAUUGUUUGCGCACUCUUUGGCAUGUUUGAGCUGUUAGAGCGGACCAAAGAAUCACUUCGUCAGAUUACGUUUAACGAUUUAAGAUAUGUCCUCGUAGCCUUGUGUUUUCAGCUACACAUUAUUGUAUUGUCAACCGUUUUCGGUGUACGCCAUCAGCAGCCUUCAGGGUUAAACGCGCCGUGGUGGGAUCGUGUCUACCAUGUUGGGUCCCUGUCAUACUAUUUUGUAAUGACGGUGUUCCAUGGAAUGAUAAGCAUCUAUGAAUGGCAGCACCUGUGGAAGUGUGUCUGCAGUUGUAUAAUUGGCUAUGUGCACGAGCUAGUCGUAACGUCGCUAAUACUCCGAACGGAGCUCGAUAUGUACGGGGUCAGCGUCAGUGAUAUCCCACGAAGCACCGUAACAAACAAAGUGGAAACGACGACGUAUCAGCUAGCGCUCACUACAGAACAGUCCGUCACUAGAGAGGCCACCACUUGGGGCUCGCAAACUACUUCGAGACAGUUGCCUGUCGUGACUUCAGCAGAAAAUUCAGAGAAUCUUCGGAGUGUUCAAACCGAGAGCUUUUUAGAGACGCCCCACAAGAAAGCAACAGUAAAAUGAUGUUUAUUGAAAAAAGUUGUUUCUUCAUUUCCAAGGUAGUUAAUUUUAAGGAAAGAGACUAACCAACCGAUA